UAUUCAUUGGAAAUUAUUCAUCCUACAUGGUAUCGGAGCCCUAACUUUGGCUUCCGUCUCUCCCCAAUCUUACGAUCGGCAGUGCUUCUCCUUCACAGCCGCCGAUCCCUUCUCUUCUCAUAGCCAUGGCUGCUUCUUCUUCAUCUUCCGGCAAGUUUGUCUCGAACUCCGACAACUCUUCUUCCAACAAUUCCCCUCAUCUAGCCUUCACAACCAUAUCAAAUAUUAAACUCCAUAUCCCCGUGCAGCUUAGCCUGUUCGAACCAAAUUAUAAAAAAUGGAGUCGAUUGUUUCGACUCUUGAUUCUCCGAUUCAACCUCAAGGGAUUCAUCGACGGCACCACCAUCGCUUCUUCCGCUGACGACGCUGAAUGGUACCAAUUUGAUGCCCUCAUUCACGGGUGGAUCUUGUCCACCAUCACGGAUGAAGUUUCCGAUCUCGUCCUUGCCAACAAUCUCACCGCUCAUGCUCUUUGGACGGCCAUCUACAACCUCUUCCACGACAACAAGCACGCACGGGCGAUGCAAUUGGAGCAUCGUUUCCGCACCACUGUGAAAGGCAACCGCUCCAUGAACGACUAUUGUCGUCUACUCAAAAAUCUCUCCGAAUACCUUGACGAUGUCGACGCACCGGUGACCGAACAUGCUCUCGUUCUUCAAGUUCUCCAAGGUUUACCCCAUGAAAUCCGGGGCCAAGUUCAAUUCUUGCAAUACCAGAAUCCCCUCCCCACCUUCUUGGAGGUCCGGUCAGCCUUACUCCUCGUCGAACAGCAGCAGCAGGACUCCCUCUACAGCGCUGGAGCGCCGCCCACUGCCCUUCUCAGCACCGGCAGUGGCAGCGGCUAUGGAGCGGGCGCACAGCAGCAGGGACGGACGGCGGACGGACACGGCUACAGUGGACACGGCCGGACUUCGGGCGGCGGCAGUGGCGGUCGCAACCGCGGCAGGGGCCGCGGUCGAGGACGUGGCAGUGGCGGACUCCAUCGGCAAUCACCAUCGGGACAAGCUACUGGACAAUUCCCCUCCCCCCAACCCGGUUUGUAAGGGUCUCGGCCCUAUCAACCCU